AUGCAGAAAUACCGCAUAUUUCUGAGAAAAAUUGCAGAGAAAGGGAUAAUUGCAGGAAUAUCUGACAGAACCCUAAGGUCAAAGUUCGCUGCUGAGCUUCCAAUUAAGAUGAUCAGAGCGUUACAAGCCUUAUAUGAGAAACUUAAAAAUAAUAAUAAUUUUGGAACCCCCUUACCCAUUUCAUUGAUCCAAGCUCUCCUUGAUUACCAUCACCCUUACAACCCUAAUUUUCCUUACCUCAUUCCAACCAAUAAUAACACUGCCUUGAACCAAGUCAUGAGUCUUGGAGUUGCACCCCAAUUCCUUGGACCAAAAGCUCCUAUUGGUAAUGCAAACAACAACACUAUGAUCCACCAUCAGGUUCCAAUUUAUGCUCCAUAUGAUCCAGUAAUGCAUCAUCAAAACUAUGCUCAAUCACCAAUGGGGAUUAACAAUCAUCAGCAGCAGAGGAGGUAUGAUCCAAGAGUGUAUCAUCAAAGCUAUGAUCUUGGAAAGGGAAACAUGGUUUCUUUGGGAAACCCUAAUGUUAAUAAUAACAUUCCCAUCAUGAUGAAUGCUGCUCCUUCUUGUUACCCUAGUGUUCCCCCUGCAGGGAUUCACAAUCAAAUGAAGUAUAAUUAUGGUGUCCAAUUCCAUGGAGGGUUCAAUGGUGUUGGUGUUGGUGGUGGUGGUGCAACUACUAAUGCUGUUCCUAUUCCUAUUCCCAUUUCCAAUAACCACUAUAAUAGUAAUGUUAAUGAAUUUGGAUUCAUGGAUGGAGCUUCUAUCAAUAAUGUAAAUGUGGGAGCUUUUGGGAAUAAUGGAAACUAUCCUGCUUCGGUUCAAGGAUGUUAUGUUCCUCCUGGAUUCUAUUCUCCUCCUCCUUCUCCGGAAUGUUAUGCUUCUCCUUCUCCUCCUCCUCCUACUGGAUAUUAUGCUCCUCCGCCGCCUCCUCCUGCAACCGCGCCUAACAAUAAUCUAACAAUUAUUGAUGAACUUUCGGCAAUGUUGCUGCAUCAUGCAGCAGCACAAAAGAAUUCAGGAGGGAUCCAAGACCAAGAUUUGCCUCCGCUAGUUGAAAGCCCUUGCGACAGCAAUGAAGAACACUCUAAAAAUGCAAGUGCAAUCAAUGAGGAUCAGAGUAUUCUAGAUGAUGAUUACGUUCUUUCCAACCUUCUCUUCAUGCUAGAGGACAUGCAUAUUCUUAAAGAGUAUGACCAGGCAGCGGAGAAACAAGACGGCAAUGAAUUUUUUAAGCCUCACUCAUCCACUUCUAAUGUGGUGCAAUCUCCUGAACAGGUUGGAGGGAACCAAGUCCCUGAUGACUUUUUUGACUUUUCUGGCUCGGCUAAUCUUAUUCAACAGAUUUCUGGAAAUGUGAUUGUUCCAUUCAAUGAAAACAACAUGAAUCUGUCAACUGAGACUUCAAAAACAAGCAACAACUACAGUCCAAUUCAGGGCGAUAAUGAAUUUCUGGAUAUUGAAAUCUCUGAUGAGAUGUUCACCACUACAAACAAUGGCUCUCCAAUAACAAGUAACUACUCAGUUUCAAAGCAGGAUUGGGACAAGACCCUCAUUGAACUCAUGUUUGGGAAUCAAGCAAACUAA